CCUGGCCUCAACACCGGUCAAAUGCAGAUCAAGAGCCCAGAGCCCCGCGAAAAGGCAUCAAAGAGUUCUGAUGCCGUUCGAUCAACGUUGCGUCUAGUCUAGUCAAUCUGGUCAUCACUCCGCUCUGCACUUAGCGCCAUGGAACCAAAGGCGCUCGAUCUUGGGCGCUUGAACCACAAGUUGGAUGGGCAGAACCACGAUCUCUGGCUCCAUCUACAGGCGGAUACCAAGCUUGACAAGUAUCCAGGUAAACACGUCCUGCCACCGGCCUGUGAAAGAUGGUCUUCUAACGAGCCGAUCCAAAGCAAAGCAACACGUUCGGGCUGUGGCCACAAAGCUUGGCGUAGACGAAGGCUUAAUUUUUCUGGCCGGGGAGAAGACGACGCUACUGACUGAUAGCGAUCAGCCGGUUCCGUUCCGGCAGCGCAGAUAUUUUUACUAUCUCACAGGCUGCAAUGAGCCCGACUGCUACGUUCUCUACGACAUUGCAAAGGACCUGCUUACCUUGUACAUCCCCAGGGUCGACCUCAAACAUGCGGUUUGGGGAGGAGCCGGAUCAACAAAGGCUGAAGCUUUCGCCAAGUACGACGUGGACAACGUGGAGUAUACCGACAAUGUUUUGGCCAACGUGGUACAGCUCUACGCUCAACAGAAUUAUGCUGGAAGACUCUAUGUUCUGUCAGACGUCGAGGGCAGGACUACUAUCGUAGCAUCAAGACUCGCUGUCGAGAUGUUUAUGCUCGAUGAAGUCCAGCGCGACGUUAACAAGAAGCAAACGAUUGAAAAGAAGGUCGACACGACCAAGCUAAAGAGUGCUAUAGACUCAUGCAGGGUGAUCAAAUUUCCGCAUGAAGUUGAGCUGAUCAGACGUGCGAACGAUAUUUCAGCGAAGGCACAUCGGGCUGUUCUAGAGAACGUCAAGCAUUUCAAGAAUGAGAGAGAAGUAGAAGGCCGCUUUCUAGAUACUUGCAUAUCAUCAGGCGCGCACAGCCAAGCGUACAGCAUCAUAGCUGGCGCAGGUCCGAAUGCGGCAGUUUUACACUACGUCGCGAACGAUGCGCCAUUUGAUGACAAACAAGUCCUUUUGCUGGAUGCCGGUGCAGAAUAUAGUUGUUACGCAAGUGAUGUCACAAGGACGGUUCCCAUAUCGGGCUACUGGACCGAGGAGGCAAAGAAUAUUUAUGAUGCUGUCAACGACAUGCAGGCGCAAUGUAUGGCACGAAUCCGCCCUGGCGUGCACUUCCGUGACCUGCAAAUCUUGGCCUCUGCCAUUGCCACGCGGUGGCUUCUGAAAAUUGGAGUGCUUCACAACGGCUCGUUAGCUGAGAUACUUAAGGCUGGUACUAUACGCGCGUUCUUUCCCCACGGCCUCGGUCAUCAUGUCGGAUUGGACGUCCACGAUGUGCUUAAUGUGCCUAUACAAUCCAAAGGUGCAGUCACGGAGGUAGAAUCCGAUCUAAGCGUAUACAGGGAUACCGAACUCGAUGGACUACCUCGGGAAACUAUCUCCCAGCUCUACAAGACUUUAAUUGAACGCAAUUCAUGCAAACCUCCUGUCACAUCCGACAGUCCUGUCCUUGAGCCUGGCAUGGUUGUCACAGUGGAGCCAGGUAUUUACUUCUCUGAUUUCGCUUUGUCAAGGGUAUAUUUACUAGACCCUGUACAUUCGAAGUACAUCAACGUGAAAGUUCUUGAGAAGUACAUGCCGGUAGGAGGAGUUCGUAUCGAAGAUGACAUUCUGGUUACGAAGGACGGUUACGAGAACUUAACAACCGCGCCCAAAGGCGAUGACGCUCUCAAGAUUAUCAGAGGCGAAGCUGAGACCGAGUAUCACUCGAGGUUCGGACACGAUAUUCCCAGUAUCCUUGAGCCUCCCGUUCCGCCAGCUGCAACGUCGGACAACAAAGGCAAGAUGCCUUUGGGUAGCUCAACCAUUUCCUUGCGAGAGAAGCCUGGAAUGAAAGAUACUUCAAGAAACUGGUCAAAACAACCGAAUCAGAAAGCCUUUGCACUGACGAGCACAAAUGCGGAUCCUAAGCUAGAUGACGACCUACCUCCCAUCAACGAGGAUCACAGUCUGAUUUGCUCUUUUCCCUUCGCGAAGACAACAUCGGUUUCGAUCACAGAAAAGCCCGCCUGUUCCACCACGUCGAGUCCUGAACAUUGCCAGCGAAUUGACCUGAUUAAGCAGAUUAUUGAAAGCCAAGAGCGCACGAAGAAGAUCAUUGAUGACUUCAUCUCAUUAUGCACUACGAAGAACGACACGAACAUUGUACCAGACGAGAUUUCAAAACUAGAGAGGGACUUGGAGAAUUCAACUCUAGCGUUACAGGCCUCUCAGAACGCUACACUGUCUCAGAGUAAAAAUGUGCUUGCUGGACUUUUGGAGGGCGAGAGCUCCAGCAAACAAAGCGCCCCAGAAUCUGCCUCCUCACGUUUGGAACAAACCCAAGCCGAGCAAAUAGGGUCUGCCAGCGUGAUGACAAGGUCAGACUCACCUGAGUUACGAAGCUCAUCGCCUCGGAAAAGUCAAUUUGCUCGCGUACUGUAUGACUUUCACGACGCCUAUGACGAGGUAUGCGUAGUAUUUAAAGAAGGUGAUAUCGUCGAGAUUCUGUCAGAGAAUAGAAAUGGCUGGAGGAGUACAAGGAAUACGCGAACAGGACAGCGAGGAUGGUUGCCGAGUAACUAUGUAUCGAAGGAAGAAACGGCUCGAUUAAGGAAAGGACCGCCAACGCUGUUACCCGCAGAUGAGAAGCCAGAUCAGAACACAAACUUAUCGGAAUCUUCGGACGAUGAGCGGGCAGCUGCAAAUCAGAUUCGCGGGAUUAUGGCGGAGCAAUGCCUGCGAUCUGUAUUCACGAAGGAACUUGCUGUCUUGAUGGAGGCCACGGACGCAGCGCACACCAGCGCCACGCACAAGAUUGAGGAGCUCAUCAGAAGUAUUGUUGAAGAAAAAGAAGACGGAGACAAGUUGACUUGCUUCGCGGGUUUGUGCAUGCAGCUAAGAGCCGUUUUGCCCUCGAUUCGUCUGAAUGUACUGCCUGGCUCCGGCAUGGAUAAAUUUAGAAGGCUGUACAACAAAAUCGACGAGACUUUGAAGAACGAAUUCGCGUACGGUCACCUGUUCUAUCGGGUCGAUGCGGUCACCAGGACUGCGCUGCUGGCCAACAGAUGGAAGUCAAUUCGGAUCAAGGAAGAGGCUGCCGUGGGAGAGAUUGGGGUAUGUGGAACGUGUCGGGUCUGCAGAGUUGGAUUUGUGGGUUGGGAUGAAAGGUGGUUAGCUGAUAGCGUUGACGAGGACGCAGAUGAUGAAUGACGAAAUAGCGACACUUUACCUCCGAUGUUGAAACGUAGUGUACCACGGAUGUUAUUCUUUCCAUACUGACCUCUCGGUACGGACAGGAGAGCUCUUAGCCUUGAAAUAUGUACGGAAUCUGCUAAAGAGCUAACAGGGGUUGGCGAGGAAGGCUGAAAGAGCAUUAAUCUGGUUAAUUCAUGACGCGAAUGGGUUAUGCUGACAUGAUUCAGACAUUGACUCUGGAGAAUUCAAAUGGGAACGUUUUCCGGGAUAUUUCUAUCACCCAAAACAGAUGAAACGCUCAUCCUAGUCAGGCUUAUAUCACAAUCGUCUUUUCAAGCCUCUUUCUUAAGACACAAUUCAUCUACUUGCUGGAUCUAUAAUCUAAACCUAAAACGUUGGGCCUUUAG